AUGUUGGAAGGAUCUUGUAUACACGAAUGGUAUCUAAACAUCACAUGGUUGAUCUGGAUAUAUAUUUCAUGGUUACAUAAAUAUUUAUUAGGGAGCAUCAAACGACGACGCCACAAAGAAAAUAUCAUCAAUAUUGAAUAUCUCGCUCAAUCGAUUCGAGACCAUGAAACGGGUAGUCGAAUUCAAAUUCUUCGAAAUGAACGAAAUUCACCAUCGAAUUCAGUACGUCGUCCAUCGUUAUCAUUAACAAAAACAGAGACUAUGACAAAAACUAAAACUAAAACUACACAUUUUAUUAAUCUAGGAGCAGCAAAUCAAAUAAUUGCCAUCGAUACAUCGUCGAAAACUGUUACAUGUGAACCUGGUGUAACAAUGGAGGAACUAGUCGAUGCACUGCUUCUAUAUAAUUUAGUUCCGGCUGUUGUUCCAGAAUAUAAAGCGUUAACAGUUGGUGGUAUAUUGGCUGGAGCAGGACUUGAAAGUUCGAGUUUUCGUUAUGGACAAUUUGGUGAUUUAUUAAUCGAAGCAACAUAUAUUUUAAGUAAUGGUCAAAUCAUAACUUGUAGUCCGACGAAUAAUUGUGACCUGUUCUAUGGAGCAUUAGGUGCAUGUGGAACAUUUGGAUUGUUGAUUCAAGCAACAUUGCGUGUUCUGGAAGUGAAAUCCGAUUGUUUCGUACAAUGUAAUUACUUUCGAACAAAUCGACCUAUGGACAGUUUAGCAUCGCUUUCUCAUCACGAUUAUGUUGAUGCGAUUGUUUUCUUGGAUUACACAGUGAUUAUUACGGGAGAACGAAUUGAUAACUUAACAAUGCCAAAAACAGCCAAAAUACAAACAUUUUCAAAAGCAUGGGAUCCAUGGUAUUAUCAACAUAUUAAAGCAGUUCACAGUAAAAGUAGUCUUACGAUGAUCACUGAAUAUAUACCACUGAAAGAUUAUUUGUUUCGAUAUGAUCGUUGUGCAUUUUGGAUGGGUCAUUAUGGGAUACAUCCAUUUCAAGACCAAAUUCAAUGUUUUCCACGUCGUAUUCGUAAUCUAUUGAAUUUGUUUCCUUUUGGAGGCUAUAACAUAUUGAGUAGAACAUUACUUGCACCCAUUUUUGCUACAUUUUCACUCUACAAUCGUCUUCAUGCUUCACCCAUAUCAGUAGUUGCCGAAAAAUCCCUCAUUCAAGAUGUUUACAUUCCGAAAUCGAAAGCUACCGAAUUUCUGACUUAUGUACAGUCUGGAAAGUUCUUUAUGGAACAUGACGGCAUUCUUGAACCGAUUUGGCUUUGUCCAAUUUGUUCAACACUUACAUCACAGAAGUUCAGUCCACAUUUUCGGGAAAAAGAUAGAAAUGACGACGAAUCAUUCAUCAAUUUUGGUUUGUGGACUCGUCAAUCUAAUUGGCAAAUAGGAACGUGUGGCGCUCGACAUGCAACAAAAGCAUUAGAAAGAGAAGUCAUGAGAUUAGGUGGACGAAAAAUGUUUUAUUCACUAGCUUACUAUUCAAGAGAUCAAUGGUCUAGUGUCUAUGAUGUUGAGUGGUAUAAAGAAAUGAAGAGAAAAUAUGACCCGGAAUACGCUUGGGGUGAUUUAUAUGAGAAAUUGAAUAGUUAUUAG